UCAGGGUUCUGAGUUCUUUGGAGCCUCGGGCGUCCGAAUGGGGAGGGCCCGGAGUUUUGUUCCCAUGCUUGUGGCCGCCCCGUGGCCUGGCAGUUGUCAGGUCCCCACACCGGCCCUCGUGGUCGGUCGGGGGGUAGGGCGGGGCUGCAGAACAUCUGUCUGGCUGGCGGAGGUUGCUCGCGAGGUGGUGAGGGGUACACCAGGGGUCGGAAAAACAACGCUAGGCAAAGAACUUGCAGCAAGAUCAGAAUUGAAAUACGUUAAUGUGGGUGAUUUAGCUCGAGAAGGGCAGUUAUAUGAUGGCUAUGAUGAAGAGUAUGAUUGUCCCUUUUUAGAUGAAGAUAGAGUAGUGGAUGAGUUAGAAAACCAAAUGAGUGAAGGUGGAAUUAUUGUUGAUUACCAUGGUUGUAACUUCUUCCCUGAACGCUGGUUUCAUAGAGUUUUUGUGCUGCAAACAGACAACAGUGUAUUGUACAAAAGACUCGAAGCAAGGGGUUACAAUGAGAAGAAACUGACAAAUAAUAUUCAGUGUGAAAUAUUUCAAAUUCUUUAUGAAGAAGCAUUAGCAUCCUACAAGGUGGAAAUAGUGCACCAGCUGCGCAGCGAUAAGCCAGAAGAUCUAGAGCAUAAUAUCAAUGAGAUAUUGAAGUGGGUUGAGCAAUGGAUCAAAGAUCAGAGCUCUUGACUUGCAAGUCUGGCCACUUUAGAAUCACUCUUUUAAAAAAAUAUAUUUUAUUGAUUAUGCCAUUACAGUUGUCCGAGUUCCCCCCUUCAUUUCCCUCCACCCUGCACACCCCUCCCCCAUUUCCCCCUUUAAUUCAUGUCCAUAUGUCACAAGUUCUGUAGCUUUUACAUUUCCCAUACUAUUCUUGCCCUCCCCCUAUUUUCUACCUACCGUCUAUGCUACUUAUUCUCUAUAUCUUCUCCGCCCUUCUCCUCCCACUCCCCUAUUGCUAAUCCUCCAUGUGGUCUCCAUUUCUAUGGUUCCCCUACUGAUAUAGCUAUCCUCUUAGUUUGCUUUUGUUUUAGGUGUGGUUCUUAAUAACUGUGAGUUUGCUGUCCUUUCACUAUUCAUCUUUUUUAUCUUCUUUUUUUUAGGUAAGUCCCUUUAACAUUUCAUAUAGUAAGGGCUUGGUGAUGAUGAACUCCUUGAAUUUGACCUUAUCUGAGAAGCACUUUCUCUGCCCUUCCAUAGAAUCACUCUUAA